AUGGACGCUGGUGGCCGCAGGCGCCCCAGGCCACGCGCACCGGCCGGACUGCGCUCCCCUCCCCUCCCCUCCCGUACAGCCAGUUGCGCUUCCACCUCCCUGACCCUGUGGGCUGGACCCACUCAGCAUCGGCUGGACACACUCGGCAUCGGCUGGACACGUUCGGCAUCAGUCGGACAGCGUUGUUCCCUCCCAAGCAGAGAGGUCCGGACCGGCGAGAUGCGGCCCCUCGGUCCCCGCGCGCUCCUUCUGUUGCUGCUGCUGCUCGUCGCCGGCCCGGCACAGCUCAGUGCCCAGGUAAUGAGUCAGGUCAGACCGGGCCAUGCUGAGGUAACGCACAGCCCCCAGAACUGCCUCAACAAGCAGCAGGUCCUCACGGCCAUCCGCCAGUUGCAGCAGCUGCUGAAGGUUCAGGAGACCCGCUUCAGCGAGGGCCUCCGCAACGUGAGGAGCCGGCUGGCUGCGCUGCAGAGCUCUGCGAACAGAGUGGGUCUGGACGGCCCCCCAGUUUCCUGCCCUGCUCUGAGCGCCCCUCCAGAUGGCAGAAAGUUUGGAAGCAAGUACUUAGUGGAUCACGAAGUCCAUUUUACCUGCGACCCUGGGUUCCAGCUGGUCGGGCCUAGCAGCGUGGCGUGUCUUCCCAAUGGAACCUGGACAGGGGAGCAGCCCCACUGCAGAGAUAUCAGCGAAUGUUCCAGCCAGCCUUGUCAAAAUGGCGGGACGUGUUUAGAAGGAGUCAACCAGUACACGUGCCUUUGUCCUCCGGGAAGGACUGGGAGCCGCUGUCAGCACCCGGCCCAGACUGCCGCCCCCGAGCGCCUGGCAGCCGACCCUGCCUUCAGCCGCGCGCCCCGCUGCGCGCAGGUGGAGAGGACCAGGCACUGCAGCUGCGAAGCCGGUUUUCAGCUGAGCCGCGCAGCGGGCGGUGACAGCGUCUGCCAGGAUGUGAAUGAGUGUGAGCUCUACGGGCAGGAGGGGCGCCCCCGGCUCUGCAUGCACGCCUGCGUGAACACACCCGGCUCCUACCGCUGUGCCUGCCCCAGCGGGUACCGGACCCUGCCUGACAGGAAGAGCUGUGAGGAUGUUGAUGAGUGUGUGAGCCCACAGCACCUGUGUCCCCGGGGAACGAUGUGCAUCAACACUGGCGGAGGCUUCCAGUGUGUCAGUCCCGAGUGCCCUGAGAGCAGCGGCAAUGUGAGCUACGUGAAGACAUCUCCCUUUCAGUGUGAGCGAAACCCCUGCCCCAUGGACAGCAGACCCUGCCGCCACCUGCCCAAGACCAUCUCCUUCCACUACCUGUCUCUGCCCUCCAACCUGACAACGCCCAUCACACUCUUCCGCAUGGCCAUGGCCUCAGUGCCCGGCCGACCUGGACCCAACAGCCUUCGAUUCGGCAUCGUGGGUGGGAACAGCCGCGGCCAUUUUGUGAUGCAGCGUGCAGAUCGCCAGACAGGGGAGCUGAUCCUCGUCCAGACCCUGGAGGGACCUCAGACACUGGAGGUGGACGUUGACAUGUCAGAAUACCUGGACCGCUCCUUCCAGGCCAACCACGUGUCCAAAGUCACCAUCUUUGUGUCCCCAUAUGACUUCUAA